UAUCUUCUACAAAAGAUAUUUCGCAACCUAUUGACUCAUGGAAUGAGGGCACUAACGUGCCUGAAGAAACAAUUAUUCCUGAUGAAAUAGAACAUAGCCCGGCGAAAUCUGAAUCUUUAACGGAACUUGAAGAAUCAGAGAUUCAAUGCUCCGCAUCACCCUCUGUAACCUCUUUACCACAAGAUGAUAUAUCCAAACAAAUGUCAGAAAACACAUCUGAUAUAUCUGAUAUCGCUUCAAAUUCCGGCGUAUGUCAGAAGUCGAAGACUUCUAUUCAAGACCUAUCAUAUGGUAGUACAGAAACUAUUCUCUCAAAAAACGAUCAAGAUGGAAAUUUAUGUAAUAUGAAAACCGUUCCCUCGGGGAACGAUCGAGAUGUAAAUUUAUCAUGUGAUAAAAAGACUAUUAGUUCGGAAAUAUCUAAAUUAGAGCAAGAUGUCGA